CCAUGAAGGGGGUGUGCACGCGGAGAGGGAGAUACUCACAAGAGGGAGAAGCUGGCUGGCGGUGCUGAAGAUGGCGGAUGGUGACAGUGGGAGCGAGCGCGGUGGCAGCAGCCGCGGAGGGGGAGGUGGGAGCGGGCACCAGCCCUUCCAGAGAGAACAGGAGACGCAGGAGCUGGCGUCCAAGCGCCUGGACAUCCAGAACAAGCGAUUCUACCUGGAUGUCAAGCAGAACAACAAGGGCAGGUUCAUCAAAAUUGCCGAGGUGGGGGCCGGGGGCUCCAAAAGUCGCCUGACCCUGUCCAUGUCAGUUGCGGCGGAGUUUCGCGAUUACCUGGGGGAUUUCAUAGAGCACUACGCCCAACUGGGGCCUAGCAGCCCGGAGCAGAUCGCACAGUCCUCGGUCGGAGAGGACGGUGGGCCCAGGCGAGCCUUGAAGAGCGAGUUCUUGGUCCGGGAGAACCGUAAAUACUACCUUGAUCUGAAGGAGAACCAGCGGGGGAGGUUCUUGCGGAUCCGACAGACCGUCAACCGAGGGCCCGGGUACGGAGUAGGUGGGCCGGGAGGAGGUAUGCAGGCUGGUCAGACCAUAGCCCUUCCGGCCCAAGGCUUAAUAGAGUUUAGAGACGCCCUUGCAAAGCUUAUAGAUGAUUAUGGUGGAGACGACGAGGAAUUGGCCUGUGGAACGGCGGUUGGGGGCUAUGGGGAGCUUCCUGAGGGCACAUCCAUCAUGGUGGACUCUAAACGGUUCUUUUUUGACGUCGGGUCAAACAAAUACGGCGUGUUCCUGCGAGUGAGCGAGGUCAAACCGAGCUACAGGAACUCUAUCACCAUCCCGUUCAAAGCAUGGGGAAAGUUCGGAGGUGCUUUCAGCCGGUACGCCGAAGAAAUGAAAGAGAUCCAGGAGCGACAGCGGGAUAAAAUGUACGAGAGGAAAGAGGAGUCGGAGGGAGAGGUGGAUGAUGACUGAUGAGUUGAAACGGCUGAUAUAAGAGUUCAGUUCACACAGUGAGAUUUGCAAUAUUAUAUGUGUCAGAAAUUACAGAUUUAAGUGCAUGAGGAAUCGAACUUUAAUACAAAAAAAUAUCGUGGCAUAAAAAGUACGUUUGAAAUUGGAACCAUUAUUGAUGUAUUAUUAAAACUCGGAGUUUAAUGAAAGUUAUGGGGCAAAGAGUCUCUAAAAUGAGACCUUUCUCAUGGGUUAAAAAAAAGAAAUGAAAUUAUGUUUUGUAAAAAAAGAAAGAAAUAUCCCCAAAACCAGCAACUUGGUUUUCAUAACAAUAUAAGAAGCCAAUGAAAUCUUUAUAAUGUUUCCUUUAAAAUAUAGAUAUAUAUUUAAGAGUAAGGAGUUGAAACCAUUAAUGCAGCUAUUAUUUCCAUUGCUCCUUGUAAGGAGAGAACCAGCAUCCAUUAUUGUAUCCCUGUUCUAGCUCUCUCCUAUGUGGCAGUGUGUGUUACCUUACAAGUUUUAGUGAAAGUAGUAGAAAGGAAUGUCUAGAACAAUUGUCAUUUUUCUGGAGGUUAAUAUUUGGUGUGUUAAUUGAUGGGGGGAAGAAGCUAUAUAACAUUGGCUGUGCCAUAGCAGGGCCUUUAUGAUGAGAAAUGUUACGGAGAGAAUAACUGUAUCUGCAGGCUUAUCUGAAGGCCUCUGAGACUACAUUGGAGACUUGUGCUAACGUAGUUAGCUCACAGUGUCAUGCCACCCUCCAUACAAAUACUGUAGGCAUAAACAUGGCAGAUGAGUGAAUGCUUUUGUUGUUUUUACAUAUAAAUGCCUGGCAUUAUUUACAAGGUCUGUUUCCUGGGACUUAUUUUAUUUGAAAGUAACUUAAUUUUAUCUUGUCAGAUGGGAGCAGAGCAGUGUGUCACCUCCCACAACAAUGUGGCCUGGUAUCAAGAGAGUGGCAGGCCUAUUAACCAAUUGGCAACUUCCUACUGUGGGCGUCCCAUGCUGCAGGAGCCUGCUUCCCACUUCAGAACAGUUUGCACAUAUAUUAUGCCAAAAUGUUGAAAUUUUUUGUACGUUUGGCAAGGUUUUUUUUCGGGCUGUUUGUGCACAUUUUCUCUCUCUAAUGCAAGCCGGGGGAAGUCGGUAGCCCCUUUUGACAGAUUGGACAACAGUAGGGAUUUUUCAAUUAAGUGAUUGUUUUCAUUCAACGAAAGACUAAUCGCUUUAAUGUCAAAUUCUUUAUUUGGGAAAUACUGCACCAAAUGUCUUAGAUGUAAAAACAUCUCUGCAAAAAACAUCUAAAUUAAUGACAUACUGUGCACGAACAGCUGAAAAACCCUUGCCAAUAGGCCAAAAUGAACAAAACUGUUUUGGGUGGGAAGCAUGCGGACACCUUUACCCACACACCACGGGAGCCUUCUGAUAUGGCCAUUGGAAUUGAUCACUGGGAGAAAUCCAGAGGAGCUGCUACUACUACUGUCACCCAGCCAGCCAAGAGUGUGUAGGGCAUCAAUGAUAAGGUGCCAACACUCUGUCUGAGCCCAGGCAUCAGCACUGCCACACCACUGACGUUACACUACACCUCUGGACAGUAACAACAGGAUGAAUGGUUUACAAAGAUAACUAUAUUGAAAGAAAAUGGUGCUUAUAAGUGAGAUGAUAAAAAUAAAUAAAAAACUAGCUUACAAUAUUUUUUACCUUAAAGAAAAGGAAAAUUAUAUGAAUUAUAGAAGUAUAACGCAGGUUUAUGAAACAUAAUUGUCCAUGUUUUUUUCUUUGUUUAUUCUCACUUUCAUUUGUUGGUUUUCUCCCAGAGAGUGAAAUAAAUAACACUUCUGUGAUUAAAAAAUAUAUUAAUGCAA